AAGCAGCACAGCAAAUUAGAUUAUGAUUUGAAAAUGACCUCUGGGACAAAGAUCUUAACUUUUGGAGUCAUGUUUUCAUCUUCCUGUGAGAGGAUUGUGGAAAUAAACCCAACAUGUUGUUGAAUUCACAAUAUUCUUGAGUGCAAAUGCCACCAAUUCAAUUAUUUUGUUGUUUAAUCAGGCAUUUAGGAAAUAUAUGCUAGAACAAUCCAUAUUUUUCCACAUAUAACAUGACUGUAAUUAUUUAAGGUGUUGUAAUCGUGUUUCUCCAAAUGACUUCUGUUCUAUGUGUGUUUCUCGUUUCAGUUCUUGAGUUUUCAUGUCAGUCCUGCAGUUAUCUGCAGCAGAUCGAUGUUAUGAGUCUGUAGGUUUGUGGUUCAGCGUCUUCCUGUUCAGCUGUCCAUAACAGAGAGUGAAGCCAUUUCCGAUAAACAGACCUGAUGAUGGUUCAGACCUCGAUGCGAGCUGGAGCCUCUGAACGACAAGCUGCUGUCGUGUUACUGAUACGAUGAGGAGGAAAAGUCAUUGAUUGAGAGGCAACAAAGAAAAUCUCAAAAGCAGAUUCUGGUUCUGCUGGGAAGCCAGUUUAAGACCUACAAAAAGAAGAAUAGCAGUUCUAUGAAAACACAAUUUUUCACUUUUGAACAGAUCAACAAAGAAACAAAAGUGUCCGUAGGGUAAAGAUUAAAAGAUUAGCAGGACUAAUAGCUAAGCUAAAAACAAUACUUUAAAUGGUAUAUUAGAACAGGAUCAGCAGAAAAGAAACACUUUUAUAUCAAACAUGACUGAAUUAUGUAUAAGAGUCAUAGGACUUCAAAUUAUGUUAUGGAUCAUGUGCUAUUUAUAUUAUAGCAUAAUGAAGCACUUGGAUUAUGUUGCAUCUAAGCUGAUUCACAUUAUUUUAAGAGCUAUGACAUUCAUGGCUUUUAAAUACAUUUAUGAAAUAUGAACUUUUCCCUCAGAUAUUCUAUGUUUAGAUUUCUACUUGCUCAAGAGUGGCAGCAAUAAAAAAAACUAGAGAAAUGGGCUGUGAGGAGAGGCGUGAGUCUAACACAUAUGGAGGAAAUAACACAGCCUGUGGUUUCAUGCGUCUCUCUUUGUGAAGACUUUCAGAUGAUGAACAGAACAGAACGCAUCAUCGCUCUGUUCAGACUGCAGACAGUCGGGUGUCGGCGUUCAGAGAAAGGAUGAACCUCCUGAUGCGUUUCCUGCUCAUGUGUGUCGGUUUAGAUCCGACCUGGGGUGUUUUGUCCCACGCUCUUGUUGUGAGACAGAGUGCGGACGUUUCUAUCCUGGAGGGAAAGACGGUGAACAUCACCUGCUGCUGGACUGGCACUUCUGAAAGAGUCGGCGUGAAAUGGCUGAAAAACCAAACUUUAAUUAAGAAUAAGACUGUCAUGAAUCAGUCUGAAGGCUAUUGGAACAAGCAUAAAAACAAAUGUGAGAAUCUGACAUUGGAAAAUAUUAAAAGAACCGACUCAGGAAGAUACAUCUGCAAGGUUAGUGUGGAAAUACCAGUUUUAAGUGAAACUGAAGGAAAUGGUACAACCAUCAGCGUUACACCCAGAGAGAACCCAGCUGACAGCGCAGACCACCAGACUAGAAACGAGAAGAAGACGAUAGAUGAAGUAACUGAAGACAAAGGAGAUGACAACAGAAAAACCCACAUUGUAGACAAAGGUAAAGAGAAGGCAGUCAGACACAAAGAGAAAACAACUGACAGACCAAUUAAUCGCAUUGCUAAAGAUACGAAGAAAACCAGGGAGAAAUCGGGAGAAAGAAAAAACCAACAACCAGCUGAAGAUGGUUCCCAGGAGGUAAUGUUCACCUUCAUCCUGAGGUCCCUGCCCAUCAUCGCCCUCAUCACUGCCUUCUUUUGGCUCUACUACAUAGGAACUAAAGCCCAGAAAGAAAAAGCAGCUGCUUCUGGAAAUAAAGCGUCUUCGCAACAACGCACAGAGGAAAACCAAGAAGCAAUUGUGACAAAAGAAGCAAAAGGGAAACGAACAAAGACUGGGAUGUCUGCUGAUCAUCAUGUUCAUCCAGUACAGGACGUGGACUGAACUGCCUAUGGGUCCAUUUAUUUAUACAUUCAGUCAGCCGACUUGUAGGUCACAGGAAUGUUGGAGCCUGUAUCUCUAAUAGUCAUUGGGUGAGAGGCAGGGUUUCUCCCUGAACUGAACUGGCUACCAGCCCAACAAAGGUCAACUACAGACACAAACCAGACAAAAACAUUCAAACACCAAGUGUAAGAUAAAAUAUCCAGUCAACCAAACAUGUAUGGUUGUGGAGGAAGGAAAGAAGCAAAGAAAGUAAAACGUGUCUUUCAAGUGCUUCAACAAACAAAAUGACAAAUACACAAAGCAAAAUAACUACAAGUUUACAAGAAAUGUGUGUAUGUGUGGGUGAAGGGCCAGGGCAAAGUGCAAUGUUCCUUUUGAACCUCAAAUAGCAUUUUGUAUGGAACCCAGAAAUACAGAAAAUCAUUAAAACAGCUCCACCCUUUAGCUGGUUUGGCUAAGACAUGUUUUAAUGAAGGUAUUGCAAUAUUAAAUAUAAAAUGUGCUCUGUA